AUGCUCUCAACUGCUGUCACUGGAACCACGACGCCGGCGCCUGUCCUUUUGCCUUCGGAUCGGCCGCCAGACCCACCUCGACACUUGGCGAUAGCCGCUCCAGUUUCUACACCAGUCAACGUGGUUUCGGCCACGUCCUCCUCUAACAUGAUUAUUGAUUCUUAUUCUAUGUCUUUGUCUCCGCAGGGCACAGCUAACGGGAAGACGCAGGAUCGAUCGGACCAAGAGGCAACAGGGGCUCGCCAACAACGAUUUUCAUAUGCAGCAGCGGUCACGGGAGAGAUGACUACGAUACCUCUUCAGAAGUAA